UGUACCUCCAUCUCCACACCCAUAAUCUAAAACCAAAAUGCCUCCCAGGAAAAACAAAUCCACGGGCUCGCUAGACGGUCUGAUCUCCAAGACCACCAAAAUAUCGACGGACUCGCUAGAUGACUUGGAAGGUCAGAUCUCCAAGACUUCUUGCAUCUACGCACAGAUACCAAGCGAAGCCAGAAGUUGUUGCAUCUACGCAGUCCCCGUGACGCUCAUCGAGAUCAACGGCAAGAAGGCGUAUACAUACCAGCCCCGGGUGGUCUCCAUCGGGCCCUACCACCGCAGCGAGCCUCAAGUGAAGGCGAUGGAGAAGCACAAACUGAAGGUCCUGAGCCUUUUACUUCAUAAGAAACAAUUGCAUUUAGAUGUGUUAUUGGAAAGCACACGCCCACUUGUAGCGGAAGCCAGAAAGUGUUAUUCCAAAGAGAUGAACCUCGAGUCUAUUAAUGAUGAUCGGUUCCUCAAGAUGAUAGUUCUUGAUGGUUGUUUCUUAAUAGAGUUGUUUCGAAAGGCUGACAAACAGAAACUGUUCGAGUUCAACGACCCUCUCGCCACGAUGGCGUGGGCAGUACCAUAUAUCUACGGUGACCUGCUUCUGCUCCAGAAUCAGAUCCCUUUUUUUGUUCUAGAAAGGUUGUUUGAAACUUCCAAAAUGCCUGGGGAGUCGGAUGCUUCCUUGUCCUUGCUCGCUUUACGAUUCUUUAACAAAGUAAUGCAAAGGCCCAACCAAGUCAUAGAGAGCUUCACGUUCCGCCGCAAUCAAACAGUACCCUUCCAUUUGCUGGACUUGGUUCGGUCAAGUUUUCUCACGCCCCAUCUAGAGCAAUCAAAGAAGAACGAGGGCAACACACAGACUUGCCGUCUUAUUCACAGCAUCUCAAAGCUCCGCCGAGCGGGGAUUGAGGUCGAACUGAGAGAGGCGGACAGCUUCUUGGACGUGAAAUUCGGGAAGGGGAAAUUAAGGAACGGUGUGAUCCAGAUGCCGAAUAUAACCAUGGACUACCACAUGAAGUCUUUCUUGUUGAACUGUCUGGCAUUCGAGCAGUUGCACAACAGCCGCACCAAGCAGUUCACGGUUUACGCUAAUUUCUUGGACUGCCUGGUGAACACCGCCAAAGACGUCGACUACCUUUGCGACCAGAACAUCAUUGAAAAUUACUAUGGAAAAGGCGGCGACGUGGUGCUCUUCAUCAACAAGAUGGGCAAGGACCUGGCGUUUGAUGACGAUCAGUUUUACCUCUCCCAAUUGUUCAAAGAUGUGGACGAGUGUUACCGGAAUAAAUUCUAUGUGCAGGUGGUGAGCUUCAAGAGUAGGUAUUUUAACACGCCAUGGGCAUUCAUAUCGGCAUUGGCUGCCCUUUACCUCUUAGUGCUGACGUUUCUGCAGACCUACUACACCAUUAAACCUAAAAACUAAACUCUCCACAUCCCCUCUACACAAUAGACACUUUCUGGUAAUGGUUUAAUUUAAGACGAUCAUGGAUAUUUUUAAGAGUGUAUUUUCUGUUCUAGCUGCAAGGCACCAAGUCAUGCGAAGAGAAAGUCUACUAGAUUGUUCCACUAAUAUGGGAGUCUGUUACAGAGUCCCACUCUAGUAUUAGGUUUCAUUUGCCAUCAAGUAUUUCUAUAAUUAUUGUAUUUUUUCUUCUUCUUAUUUUGUUCUAUUUCCAUUCUUUAUUAGCUUUAGGGUUUUACUGUAAGUUUGGAUAAGUUGUACCGGAAUAAUCAGAGUUUUUUUUUUUUUUUAAUAAUAUCUUAGUUU